CGAUACCUAAAGAUGGCUGUCAUUUGUUUUGAUUUCAUCUAGCUUCAGUGUCGUCAUCAUCGAGAUUAUCAAUAAGAGAUGUAUCAUAAUUAAACUUCCUUUUAAUUCAGGAAUUAAUUUAGCAGAUCAACAUGUCUUGUCAGCUUUCAGCUUUAUCUAAGUUUCAUGACAUAGCAUCAGUGAGAAGGUAUUUUUUCCCAACUCUAUCGAAGGAAGGCACACCAAUCAAAGAUUCAAUUACAACAGAAAAGAAUAAUGGUGAACAUAUGAUAUUAUUCUUAGGAUUAAUUAAAAUACUUUGCCAAAUCAUUUAGGAUGAGAUAAUUUAGGGAAACAUAGUAUGGUCAUUGGUCAUGAUAAGACCUGAAAAGAAAAUGCAACGAAAUUGUCGUCAAGAAGCCUAAUUCAGCAAACAACCCUAAAUGUAAAUGUAAAAAGUAAAAACAAUUGUCAAUUACAAUAAUUGGUAAAUUUUGAGUUAACGUUAUGGGUUUUGCCAAGAGUUUUCUCACCCUAAGCGCAGUGACGUCACAUUGGGGAAUCCCAACACUGGACUUACGUGAAUAGAUCUAUUCUUUGAAGGACCCGAACGAUGUGUGUUAUUAUUAUAAUUAUUGUUCUUUAUUGAGCAUUACUGGCGUCAUAAACGAUACGGUUAAUAUGAAGCAUAUUGAAAUGAAAUUUUCCAUUAAUUUGUAUUAAAAUUCAACUUACAUGAUUCAAAAGAAAGAAAAAAAGAAACACAUCCUUGCUCAGUUGCUGAUACCCUAAGACCCAACAGUCAACACCUAUGAAAAAAAAGACACCCGCCAAAAUUGCUGUAUUUUGAUUAGUUGAAAUACCCGUAUUUUGAAACUUAGGUAAAAAAAAGGAAGACCACUGCUUAAAUUGUAUUUGGAAUGAAUGAUCUUCUAGGAACUGGGGAGGGGAGAACCCUCCCCAAACCCCUCCCCUCACUUUAAAUACCAAAAUAAGAAAAAUAUAAAUUCUCUGGGGAGGGGAGACCCCUCCCCAAUUUAACAAAAAAUUUAAAAUAAGAAAACAAUAACUUGUAUUAUGUAAAAACAAACAUCAAAAUCUUUUUAGUAUGGCACUGUAGACAGAAAUGGACCUGGGGGAACCUCCGUGACCUAUAUACCAUGGAACACAUCGUCAGCCUUACAGCUAACUCAAAACCAUCCCAAUAAUUGUCAGUGACAGUAAUCUACGGCCUAAUCUACCACUUAGCAUCGGCUACGAAAAAUUCACAUGAAUUUUGAAAUAUUCCUUUGAAUAAUGUACAUUUUUCAACAAAAAAAUUAAAAUUUUAUGUUUAGGCGUAUAAAAAAUAAAAGACCUUUUAAGAAAAAACUUAGAAAACAAACAAACAAAACAAAAUUUCACUAACAUUCCUUCAGCGUAUUAAUACUAAUAGAUAAAAAAAAUAAUGCUCCAAAAAUAAACAAAGGCGAGUGAAUCCAAACAGAAUCUUAAAUAAACAUGUAAAUGGCACAAAUUGCCUGUUUUAACAGGAAAAUAACAUAAACAGUUUCAAUGUAGUAUCCGAGAGGACAGCAAGCGGAAUGUUAUAGACCAUUAUAAUUAGUAGGUAAGAGAGUUAAUGCAGGCAAUAUGGGACGGAAGAGAGGAAAAGUAAGUCCACUGCGAUUGGUUGUACGCACUGCCAGAUGGCGCAUCUAGGUGAGACUGGACGGCGCCUCUUACCGAACCUGAAUACAGUCACUCCCCCCUUAUUACCACUUUCAAAUGGGAUGAAUCGGAUUGAGCCCUCACUCCCUAAAAAUGAUAAACUCAGAUAAAUUACUAACACAAAAGCACAUAAUAUUAGUAGCCUACAAUAGAUCAUAGCCUACUGAGUAGACAUACUAAUAAAUAAAUAUUUACAGAUUGGUGUCCAAAAUUACCAAAUAUGGAAAAAUUUAUUUUGUCUCUGCUACAAGUCAAUAGGCCUACCAUAGACAUAGUCUGUCUUAAUAAUUUUUCAUACUCAUAGAUACUAUUUAUACUAAGUCAAGUAGGUAUGGCAUGUAUAAGGGGCCAUCCAUACAUGUCAUCAUGCAUCUAGGACUGGGGGGAAGGGAGUUACACAUUUUUGCCAGUUCAUCCUUUAAAUUAUCUAAAUACAUGUUUAGUUUAAAUAUGUCCAAUUAAGUAUAAGAAAGUUGCAAAGAUAUUUGAAAAUUUCAAAGUAUUACUCAUGGCUAUAAUACUAAAUUAUGAAGAAAAGACAUGCAGGGUGGUACACGAAGGUAGACUCACAGAUGACUUUAAAGUGGAAACUGGAGUCAGACAAGGAUGUCUCUAGUCCCCCUUCCUAUUCAUCCUUGCCAUUGACUGGAUAAUGAAAAAGUCCGCAGGCAAAAAGAGUAACAGUAUACAAUGGACACUCUGGGAACAGCUGAAUGAUAAAGACUUUGCAGACGACAUUGCACUUCUGUACCACAACCAGCAACAAAUGCAGGAAAAGACAAAGGAGGUAGCCACCACUUCAGCAAAGCUCUGAUUCAAUAUAUAUAAAAGCAAGACAAAGAUCAUGAAGGUAAUUUCAGCAAACCAAUAGCAUAUCUCUCUGGCAGGAAAGGCACUGGAAGAAGUGGAGUCCUUCACAUAUUUAGACAGCACCAUCGACAUAAAUGGCAGAUCUGAUGUGGAUGUAAGAGCUAGAAUUGGAAAGGCUAGAUGAGCAUUUUUGCUAUCGGUAUUAAAGAAAAUAUGGAAGUCAAAGGAUCUGAAACUGCAAACCAAAGUCAGAUUCUUAAACUCAAAUGUCAAAACAGUCCUACUAUUUCGAGCAGAAACUUUGAAAACAAAGCACGCAUUACGCAUAAAGUACAGACCUUCAUAAACACAUGCCUUAGAAAGAUCUUAAACAUCAAAUGGCCAAAUACCAUCACCAACAAAGAUCUACUAGAAUGUACAUACCGGGUGCCCAUUGAAGAAGACAUCAUAAAGAAAAGAUGGAAGUGGAUAGGGCACACUCUCCAAAAAUCCCCAGAUAGCAUCACCAGACAAUUCCUAACAUGGAAUCCACAGGGAAAAAGAGAGGAAUGCCAAAGAAUACAUGGAGACGCGACCUAGAGGCAGACGCACAAAUUAUGGGAAUUACCUGGAAACAACUGGAAAGAAAGCAUAGGACCGUGAUGAAUAGAAAAUUCUUGUGCCAGAGGGGGUAUAAAGGCAUAAGAAGAAGAAAGAUAAUACUAAAAGCUGUUGAUAGUAAGAUUUUGCCACUAGUCUAAAUCAAAACUUAAAGAAAAAUAUUCAAAAAGUAUUUUUAUCAAUCUUGUACUUAGGCAUUAAAUUAUUAACCAGUCUUCCACUGUUAUAGUUAGCAUAAACCUUCUAAAGUACAAACACUUACAAACACUAAAGUACUAAACUCUCUAUAUAGUUAGCAUAAACCUUCUAAAGUACAAACACUUUUUCCUUUGUCCAUUUAAGAUAUUGAGAUGUUUACCUGAGGCCUCAACCCCUUAAUAGCGAAGUACAAAAAAAAAAAAAUAUAAUAUAUAAAAAUCUUUUUAUAUUUUUAAUUUAAUGAUAUUUUUGUUAGUAGUAAUAAAAAUUACUAUCUUUGUAAAAAUCAUUCAAAUUAUUUACAUUUUGUACAUAUUUGCUGCUUCUCUUCAAUAUCAACAAAAGAAACAGACAACUGGGACCAAGAAUGGGGCUUUGAUGACCACGAGACUGCAACAGAAGAAAAUGAUCAAACAGAUUUCCUUGCCAGUGGGGAAAAUCAAAAUAAGUGGCUUCAGUCUUGUCUAAUAUCACUCUCUCCAACCAAUGAUGUUCUGGCCAUUGCUCAUGAACACAAAAUAUGUGUCCUCACCCGUGAGUAUAUUUAUCUAAGUAUAAAGCAUGUAAUUCGUUGGAUUGGUCUGUAAGCAAAGGUCAGUUAGAGUAGCAAUGAAAUGCUGAUAGAUGAGCUAACCAAUCUGUGAGAAAAGGAACCUUUGAGGAAUGUGAAAAUGAAAGAUUAAGAGUGAAAACCCUUAAAAACCAAGAAAGUGCAGGAGACACUUUUAAAUCUGGAAAAACAUCUCUGCUAGCUUUAUCAAAUAUCAAAACAUGCUUAAAGCUGAUGUACUGUAGUAAUCCAGUCUCAUGCAAAAAUUAAAUAAUUGCAACAACAAAAAAAAACAUAAUCAAAGUUUUUUUAUAAAAUAUAAUAAUUUUUUUGUUUGUUAAAUGAAUGCUUAUUGCUAAGUAUGGAAUGGCAUUUUAUUUUUAUUAUGGGAAACUAAUUAUCUGCUUUUAGCCUAUUUUAUGACCUAAGCCACUCUAAUAUUUUUAUUUGAAAAUAGUUCACCCAUUGUUCUAUACUUCUACCAAUUACCAUGUGAUGGGCGAUACAAUUUUGUAUAAAGUUGGUCAUUUUCAUAUGUCAUAAAGGGAAAAAACAAGAAGCAGUAAUUUUUUUUUCCAAGCCAUCAGAAAUUUGAUCUAUCUUUACAUCUCCAUUGAAAUAUUGACCCAGUGAAACAGUUUGUUACACACACCACUUUAUGAAUUAAUUGUUUUCAUUUUCAGAAAAAUGGGAUCCAAAGAAAAAAGGUGAAGAAAUUGAUUCCAAUUUGACCCCUGUUUGGGAGGCUUCCCUUGGCAUAGAUGACAGGUGAUAUUAAAAAAAAAAUUAAUUUUAUUUGUUUCUUAUCAACAUUUUUUUUAAAAGGUUAAAUUUUCAUGCUUAAAAUUGUUAAAAAUCAAUGUUGUUGUAGACCAGAUAUAUAAAGCCUUUAAAAAAUAACAAGAGAUUUUAUUAGUAGAAAAUAUGACACAUUGAGCAGUGAUCUGUUGUCCCUAUAGAAACUUUUUUUCUCCAUAUAAUUUACUCCUAUUUCACUAAAUAAAAAAUGUCUUUAAUAAAAGCAAAUUAUUGUUAAAUUUGUAUGAGACAGGUCAUUAAGAUUUACACACCCUGUUUUCAAUUCAUUAUUUCUGUUUUCGUUAUUAUAGGGAAAUGAUUACAGCAGUUUUGUGUGUACCCCUGGCAUCACAAAAAAGGUAACAUGACAGUUAGGUAUCUAUUGCAAAUUACCUCAGCUGCUCACUCUUGCAAAUAGUUCAGGGAAAAAUUCACAAAUGGUAUUUACUCAUUUGUGGUCCAAAUAUAUACUUUUUAAUAGUAACAUUUCAGUAAUAAAUUAAAUGAUAUGGUUUUAGCUACAAGUAUUUCAAACCAGAUUCACUAAAUCCAAAAUCGAAUUAGUUUUUAAUUUUACUAAGUUGACUAGAAAUAAGCAUGUUGUAAAUCUAACAGCAUUUAGGGAUCAUUAUAUACUUAUGGAAAAGCAAGUUCAAUUUCACAGGGCUGAUUGAUUGUUGACCAGCAUUAUUCUUUGCAUAAACCAUCUUAAAUUUAUAACACAUCAUAACUAAUGAAAUUGAGUUUCUCUAGAUUAGAAAUACAUUUUAUAAGAAAUGCUUGCUGUAGCUUUUCUGUCAAACAUAUGAACUUAAGUUAAAUAUGUCAAAUUUGAGCAGCAAGAAGUAGAACUUCUUUACAACAACUCUUAAAGACAUGUUGAAAGUAAACUAUUAUUUAUGCAAUUUUGAGCUUACAUAGCAUGUAAGAAAAUUGUGCCCUUUAUUCUUUAUUGAUCUUUGGUAGAGACCCAAUAUAAAGGUACUCAGAAUUGUAUCUUUAUAUAGCAAAAUUUCAAAGCCCAAAAACUCAAAAACAAUGCCAAUCAGAAAAUGUCACUCGUAAUAGUUAUUUUAUAUUUUGCAUGUCAAAAUCUUCCACUUGACAGUUAGCUAAAAAAAAAUAAUAAUAAUAAAAAUUAAUAUUAGUCUUGAAAGCAGUGUCUCAUUUAGCUUUAAUUUCCAUAUCUUUUAUUAACUGCAGGAGCACUCAAGGUGGCCCAGAUGGCACUUGUAUCAUUGUGGGAUUUUCUUCAGGUUUUGUUAGGAUGUAUUCUGAGGUAACAACUUUUUAUGAGACUUUAUUAUUGUACAGGUUUGUUGUUUUUUUAAAGAUUCUAGGUCAGUGUCAGGACACAUUAGUGUGGUGCCUGCAGGGUGUAGGUGUUUCGCAAAAAAAAAAAGAAACACCAAAUUCACUAAUUUUGUCUGGCUUAAAAAAACACGGGAAAGGAAUUAAGAAAAAUUGAUGGACAAAGUUGUUUGAAGUAAAUUAUUUUAAAAGCAGACGUCUUCAAUCAAGAUUAUAAUAAAAUAUUUGUGAAGAAAUGGGUUUAAAAUUUGAAAAGCUGAUACUACACACAAGGAUUCUUUGGGUCUGGCCAGGUCCGGAGCAUGUCAUUUAUGCAAAUUAAGGGAAAUGAUGCUUACAUUUUUUUAAUGAAAAAUACCAAAAUUAAUUUUUCACCCGAAAACAAAAUUGCAAUAUCUGGAUCAUGAUGACUUAUUUGAAAAUUGGAAUAAAACAAACACCCUCAUUCAAAGAAAAGGAGAAAAUGACGGUGGUAUAUCAAAUUUGUUCUCUUUAAGACAAAAAAGUGAUUUGGAUAUGAAAAAAGAAAAUUUGGAAAUGUAUUCCAAAACAGCUGAGUGCCAUGAUGUGGUACUUACUAGCUCACUAAUGGUGGACCUUUGGAGAAUGAUAAUACAAUUAUGUGCCUAUUUUUCUUAUGACGGAUAUAAAGAAUAUGUGAACCGCUAAUGUGAGAUAAGGGAUUUAGUUAAUAUUCAUGUGGAUAGCAUUUAGAGUAUUGGGAUAUUAUAAAGACAGGGGAAUUAGAGUAAUGUAUUGGCAUAUGAGAACAAGUUUUGGAAUUGAGCAGCACUUAUUGGAGACUAAGUGUAGAUCAGGAUUUUUGUGUGCAUGAUAUUCUGAAGUGAAAGGAGACGAUGUCAAAUUAUUGUAGGAAUUUUGAUUUUAUGUGAUAUAUACUUUGAGUGAUAUGACAUAUGUCUAUAAAAUGUGUGCCAUUAUCAUGAAAAGUUUGCAAAGCAAUGCUCUAGGUAAUCAGUACUACAUACAUUUUAUUUCAAUAUUACUUCUUCGUACAUACAUUUUUUAUUCAUUAAAUAAUUUUUCCUAGAUUAUCCUAAGUAGGACAUUUUCCCUGUUUCUUAUAUUUUUACUUUAAUCUCCAGUCAUUUUGCAUGUUUCUUCUGGUAAAUUUAAUUCAUUGAAAGAGAUGAAUAAAUAUUAAAUUUAGUAUAAAUUUUGCAUGUUUUGCUACCACUUCUUGUCCUUCCAUUUUAAAAAAAUUUAAAUGUUUUUUAUUUUCCCCAACAGGUCGGUGUUCUUCUUCUGUCACAGCUGCUGCACACAGAGAGAGUAGAAAGGUUAAAGUGUCGAACAUAUUCACAUCCUCGAUUCUUAGGCAUGGCUGAGACUGUAAGUUCUUUUAUUUUCCGUCAUCCUUGUUUUACAGAAAAGUCUGAAGUUUAAAUGCACUCAGAAUGUUUCAGAUUAAACCAAAUUUUAAGUAAAUCCCUUUUUAUCAGUAAUAUAUAUAAUUAAAACUAUCUGUAAUAUAAAUUUAUCAAAGUUACUAUUAUGAUUUUAUUUUUUUCAGCUCAUACAAAAUAUUUUGAUAAUUUUUAAAACCUUAAAGAAAGAAAUCUCCUAUCACCGAAAGACUUUUCUCUCUGACUGUUGGAUAUUGAUUGUUGUAUAUGUAUAUUAAUAAAGUGAUUAAUUUUUUUUUUCUUUGAGAAUAAUGUUUUUAAAAAUGGCUUCUCAGCAUGAUGAACUCCUGAUAAUGUACACCAAGGCUAUUGUGUCCAUCGAUGGUUUCAGCCUCAUUCAGUCUUUACGUGCUUGCCAAAAUCAAGUGGCCAGAGGUGAAUGCUGUUCACUUUAUAAUUAUGCUGGGUCUUUGCACAUCUAUAACAAAUCAGUGAGCCUCCUAAUGCAGUGGUUCUCAACCUUUCUAAUGACGUGCCCUUUAGUUUAAUACAGUGCCUCAUGUUGUGGUGAUCCCCAACCACACAAUUAUUUUCGUUGCUACUUCAAAACUGUAGGGCAUGUGUAUUUUCCGAUGGUCUUAGGCCACCCCUGAGAAAGGGUCGUUCAACCCUCAAAGGGGUUGCGACCCACAGGUUGAGAACCGCUGUCCUAAGGGUAUGGGGGAAAAUUUAUUGUAACAAGGUUUUAGCUUCCUUCUCCUCUCAAGUAAUCAUCUGGGAACUUGCCUUAUAUUUCUUGAGUAUCUUCAUGCUUUGUAUUUUCAAUAUAUUUCUCUCUAUUAUCUUUCAAUUGUGCUGUUAUUAUUAGGUAAUCUCCACAUUAACCCUUGGAUGACAUAAACUCAAUUAUUUGCCUUCUAGCAACAGCAAGUGGCACAGAAAACCUCCUUCAGCCCCCACCUCUAGCCUAUAAAAAAUGGUCGCUGGGAGAGCAAGAAAAAGUCUGUGAUUAUGUUGCUUGUGGUAAAUUGAUUUGAUUAUAAUCAGUUCUCAGCAGUAUGUUUUUAUUUUGGUGUAGUAAGAAGUAUUAAUUGUCAAUCAUAUUCUAUUAUUUGAAUUUUUUUUUUUCUAAAAGUGUUAACUGAAUUUUUGAUCUGUAUCUCAAAUGCCACCAUCAUAAGAAAGCAUCUAUAUCUCAAAAGCCACCAUCAUAUGAAAGCUUCUGUAUCUCAAAUGCCACCAUCAUAUGAAAGCAUCUGUAUCUCAAAAGCCACCAUCAUAUGAGAGCAUCUGUAUCUCAAAAGCCACCAUCAUAUGAAAACAUCUGUAUUCAAAUACAGGAAAGUUAACUGUAAUAAACAUUUAUUGUAAAAGCUAAUGUAAAGUAGGUGUCAUGAAUAAAUUACAAAUAAUGAAUGUAACUUUCAACAAAUGUCAGGAAUCGCCUGUGCCAAUCCCUUCGACCAGCUGAAAGCAGCGUCAAUGAUUGGUGGCUUUAGGGCCUCUGUGAAGACCUCACCACCUGCCAUGUCUGUCUUCAUGACAGCUGGCAGUACGCCAUAUGUUGGCUUCUUCUAUGCCAUUGAGGUAAGGUGAACACUAUUAAUAUGUGCCUCUGUUAAAUUUAUGUGUUUUAUGAAUUAAACAUUCAAUCUAAUUGUUUCUCAUAUGUUAAGUAUCAUGGUGUAUGAUCUGAUGGGCUAUCAUCUUAUUGUGUCACUUGCCUGUCUAGGGGAUCACACAGCCCAUGCUGUCUGAGGUGGCCAUAGCCAUGGCAAACAAGAUCAAAUCUGCACUCAUUUCUGCUGCAAGGUAAAACACACAUUUAUUUUUUAAUUACCGGUAUCAAUCAAUGGUCAAUGUUAUAAGGUGGUCAAGGGAAAAUAAAUACUUUACAAAUGUUCAAAUAAAUAAAAAACAAUUCAUAAUUAAAUGCAUGACAGGUUUCUUGUAACGAUGUAUUUAGCAAAUGUUUUUAUGAUUACAUUUUAAAUUGAAAAUUAAAUUCUAUUUUUACCAGUGGUUGGCUAGGCUUUGGUGGGAAAGCCAAAGAAGAAAAAGAAAAGGCUCCCAAAAUAGAACCAGCUACUCCUCUGCCACUGAGGUAAUGAACUUUGACAUUUCUUAGUGCAUCACUAUACUGUCUUAAAUAGUGUACACAUGGCCCUUUCAUUUUUCUACAACUUAAAGAUGUAAAAAUAAUACAACAAUUAAAAGUGAUAUACAAAUUAAAUUUAUCUUUAUUUUAAAAUUCAGGCUUUUCUCUCUCCAGAUUUGGCUUACCGGACAAGCGCAGAGUUGGGGAAAACAUAAUCUUGUCACCAUGCAACAAUUACGCAGCCACCACAGAUAGUUUUGGUCGUGUCAUUCUUAUCGAUGUGCAGAGGGGAAUGGCUGUGCGCAUGUGGAAAGGUGUUUUAUUAAUAAAUAUUAAAUUUAAAAAAAAGAUAAUAAUUAUACCAUCCUUUGCUGUCUUUGUCCAAGUUCAAAUCCAUAAAUAAUUAUGAAAUUAUUUUCAAUCGCUACUAAUUUAAUGUGGGCACCAGCAAAGCAAUUUUUAUUUCCAAGCAGAGAAAUGUAUCCUAAAUAGUGGCAUUCUAAUUAUGAUAAAUAACAUUUUCUGUUUAAAUUUUACAUCUGGGUAAAUGGAAUGUUUAAUGUGCAGUGUAACAGUAAAAUAUAAUCAGAUUUCAUUGCCCAAAAUAAUGUAAUUUUAAUGUGACUAAUAUGAGUCUUUCUCACUUGUAUGUUUAUUAUUUUACCAGGCUACAGAGAGGCCCAGCUGGGUUGGGUUGAGGUCAAGGAGGAGAACGUAGAGCAAAGUAAAAAUAAUGACCACUACAGACUUGCGCAGUUCCUUAUCAUAUACGCGCCACGGAGAGGGAUUCUAGAGGUGAGCCGCUGAGCUUUCCAUUGACAGACCAGAUCACUGCAUCCCCUUUAACUUUUUUGAAACCAAAGGAACAACAAGGGAAUAAGUCAGCGGUAUAUUACUGCUAAUCUUAAUAUCUCUAAUUGCCUUGCCCCAGUAGAUGUUAUUCCUCAGAUACAAGGAGCACUCGCCAUUUUAAGUCUUAAAUCUAACUUAUAAGCAUUUCCAGACGUAUUCUUUUUAGUUUUACUCAGGUGGGGCUGGCUGCAAAUGUUUAUUUGUGAGAAUCCCUGUGUUUUUUACCUACAUUUUAUUUCUUGGUUUUACUCAGGUGUGGCUGGCAGCAUAUGUUGAAUUGUGAGAAUCCCUGUGUUUUUUACCUACAUUUUAUUUCUUGGUUUUACUCAGGUGUGGCUGGCAGCAUAUGUUGAAUUGUGAGAAUCCCUGUGUUUUUUACCUACAUUUUAUUUCUUGGUUUUACUCAGGUGUGGUUGGCAGCCAAUGUUGGGUUCUGAGAAUCCCUGUGUUUUUUACCUACAUUUUAUUUCUUGGUUUCCCUCAGGUGUGGCUGGUGGCGCACGGACCCAGAGUUGCAGCAUUCAAUGUCAGUAAAUCAUGCCAGUUGUUCUGUCCAUGCUAUGGGAUGAUGGGCCUCAACAACGUCACUUGUCGUGGGGUCAAAUCCAAGGCUUUCCAGUGUGCACUCAUUGACCCCGAUGGUGUCAUAAAAACUGUUGAUAUUCCAUUUCACCUGGCUCUGAGGUGUGUUUAUUGGUUACAUUACUAGUGUUUUACUUUAAGAUGUGCAUUGCAAUGGAUAAACUUCAUACACAUUUCUGUGCAUUUUUUUAAUGUCUUAUCCAGGUGCUGAAAACUUACCAUUUUCCCGCAUUUAAAAAAAAAAUAGAUCAUAGCCAUUAAAUAAGAACUAAAAAUAUGUUUUGUUUCAUUAGUUUUGUGAUUUAACUCACUAUCCAAAAAUAUUCCCUUAUUGUUGUUUUUGUUUUGCUGAAGAUGACUUUCAACAUUUUUCUGUAUUUAUUCAACCAAAUAAUUAUUACUUAAAAAAGUAACAUACAUAGGGCUAGAGGCUACUAUGUUUUGAUCAAAAUUAAGUCAUUAUUUGACUAGUCUGAAGGAUAAAUAAUUUUAACUUUCCACAACAGUCAUAUAAUAAUAUUGCAAUAACACCUCAGAACUUUUUUUUUAAACAGCCAAAUACCAAAUGUUUUGGUGUGUGUGAGCAAAUAUUUAUGAACUUGUUGUUAAGAUGUUUGCUUUUAUAAACAGUGACAAGAGCAGUAAGAGAGCCAGGGAUCUUCACCUACUGAAGAAAUUGAAAACUUUUCUCAAGGAAUCGUCAGAAGAUAGAGGCCAGUAUCAAUAAAACGGUUUCUCUUUGCACUGUUUUUUUAUAUGACGUAUAAUAUUUAUGCCUGGUGCUCUAGAUCAUUCAAUAGUGAUGACCAAGAAAUUAGAUAAAUGAUUUAUGUAGGGAUUUUCUGAACAACUGAUAGGCAAUCACAUUUAGCCAAAAGCUCAUUUGCUGACACUUAGCUGUUUAAAUAGAUCAUGUAACAACAUUAUGCUUGUGACCUUUCAGACGGACUGGAAGCAACCAUCGUAGAAAUCAUCCUUGACAUGAAAGUGUCCAAUAUUGCCCAACAGGUAAAAUAUAUUAUAUUCUUUUUAUAUUGUUAAUACAUCUUUGAAAUGUUUGGGAAGUGUCGGUUCAUUUUGGCAAUAAACAAAUUAUACUAAAUUUACCAAACGGCUGUUGUAAAUCUAGAAGGAAAAAAUAAAAAAAAUACAACUCAUUAUUAGUUUGAAAUUCAAAUUUUAUUUUCAUUACUUGAGUGUAGCCUUGGUGUAGUUUUUUUGAAUACAUUAAAAAUAUAUUAAAUGUUGUUGGUUUUUUUUUUUCAUCUUUCCACAGGCAGUGGAAAGAAUUUUGAGCACCAAAUAUCUACCUAUUAAACUGAUGCAGAAUGUAGUGAGAGCUUGCAUUAAGAAACUUGCCUCUCGAGGUAUGUUACAGUGUUGCUGGAUCUUCUACACAAAUUGCAAACUUUACCCAGGCUUUCACUGGUUCUACUGAAUUUUUUAUCAGCUUAUUUUAGAUGGGAUUUUUUUUUUAUGUUGGCGAAACAUCCCUAAUAAAGCUUUAGUAAAUACUAUAACUUUAAAAAAAAAAGAAAAAGCUUUUAAAUAUUUGAAAUAAUAAUAUCCCUUGUAACCUUUGCUUACAUUUUAUAGUAUGAUAUUAGAGCAAAAAAAAAAAAUUUCACCCACUGAGUAUUUUAAAAUGCAAUUCCAGCUGAGGACAGCCUUGACCUCGACAGUCGAAUGAUGCUCACAUUUUGCAAGACACAGCGCUCGCUCCUCUCCCUUUAUUCAUCCGUAGCGACACUCAGUAAGUCUCAGCCAGAGUCGUGCAAGAUUACAGACACAGAGGUGGGUAUCACAUGAUACUUCUAGAAGCCUACAACCCACACGUGAAUCAUAUAAGUGUUUAUGUAUGUGUAGCAAUCCCCAACCCUUGCAUGACAAUGUCCAUGUUUUCACAGGUAUGUCAGAUUUAGUCUACAGCUUUUGGUUUAUCUUUACCGGCCCAAUCCAGACUAAAAUAAAUGCCAUGAAAUGAACAGCUGAUUCUCUUAUGAAAUCGUUGUUUUCAGUUUAAACGAUAUAAUUAUAAUUUUUUUCAGAUUUUAACUGAGAUCCUCCACUUAUCCCAACACGAUGCUUCAGCUGUAGUCAACUCCCUCUCCCGUUAUGAUGUUUUGACCUCUGGGUCAUCUCCAGCCAGACAAUCUUCCAAAGUCAAAUUCCAAGAAGACACUGAUUCCCUGGCCGCCACAUCUUUCCUUCAUGCCUUCUCUUACAAAACUUUAUACUCUAAUGAGGCUGAUGGCACGAAGGGCUCCUCAGACAAACAAACAAAAAUUACCAUCAGCAAGGAGACCACAGAGGAACGCAGACUUGCCCUUGGUAAAUAUUGCUAUGAUAAUUGUGUUUGCUAACAAAUUAACAUAAAUGCAAGGAGGUCUGUUAAGACAACGGAUAAGAAGCUAUAACAAUGAAGAUGGACAUCAUUUUGCAGAUCUAUUGUUCCCCAUAGUGGGCACAGGUAAAGUGUUUUCUUCUAACAUUUAUCUUGAAAGGACAAGAAACUAGGUCAAGUGUUAAAUUUAAAAAGCAAGAGUUUUUAAAUUGUUUACAUACAGAUCUGAGGGAUGUACAAAUUAAUUCACCUGGAAGACAGCUGUAUUUAUUUGUUUGUUUUAUUUAAUCUGCGUUACUUCUAAAAGGGGAAUUCCUCUUUGCUGGCUGCCUAAAUGGAAGAUGUCAAGCCCAAGAGCUCAUGUUGGUUUUACAGCAGAGUAGCCUCCCUGCAGACCAACUGUUGGUAAGUUUAUGCUGAUGAGAUCUUGGUCAUUUUUUUUUUUUUUGGUCAAUUUUUUAUUUUUUCUCCAUUAGUAUUACAUAAAUCAUAAUUUGUUUUAUUUAAUCUGCGUUACUUCUAAAAGGGGAAUUCCUCUUUGCUGGCUGCCUAAAUGGAAGAUGUCAAGCCCAAGUGCUCAUGUUGGUUUUACAGCAGAGUAGCCUCCCUGCAGACCAACUGUUGGUAAGUUUAUGCUGAUGAGAUCUUGGUCAUUUUUUUUUUUUUUGGUCAAUUUUUUAUUUUUACUCCAUUAGUAUUACAUAAAUCAUAAAUGAGGGUAAAUAAUGGGGUAAUAACAGUUAUUCUUGGAACAAGUUAAAAAACUAUUUUAAAAAUCAAAAGUGAAAAUAAUAAAAUUCUGUAAUGAUUUUCAACUCAGAAUCUCCUCAUCCUGUACUGGUUGUCAGCAGACAGAAGAACAGUGAACAUGAUGGUUGGCCUGUAUGAGCUGGUCAAGAGUAUCACAGCACAGACAGGUUAGAUUUUAACACUAUAAUUUCCGUCCAUGAUAUUUGUAAACAAAAAAAUAAAUAUCUACAGUAAUUGGUCAUCAGGCGAGCUACCGAAAGUCUAAUGGGAAAGAUUUGUCUACCCUGAACAAUGUUGCUUUUUUUUUAAAUUGAUUAUAUUGUAUCAUUAAAUUUCAAUCAAUAUUUUGUAAAUUUAAAGUAAGAGUUUUAUUUAAUUUUAUGUAAAUAAUAAAAUCCUUUCCAAACUUUUUUAUGCUUUUCAGGCUGCUUAAAUAAAAAAACUUAACAUUCAAUUAUUUUUCACUCUUUAACCUUUGAAAUUCAUUUGUAUUUAAUGUUUUAAUGAAUUCCAUAUUUUAAUAUUAAGUAUUAACAUAAUUUCCAGAUGCUAACGAGAUUGAUGUCGACCCCAACAGUGUCUCCAACUGGUGGCAACAUGUUAGGAACAUGUGUAGCCAAUCAGAGAAUUGCUCCCCAGCAUAUCUGGCUGUGCUUACAUGCAAGGCUGUUGCUGCUGAGUCUCUUGGAGUCCAUUCCAAGGUCAAGGUUUGUGCAUCCUCUGAUUAAUAGACUAACCAGACAGAAGAGCAAUUACAUGUUAACUUUUCCCUACUUCAUGCAAAUAUAUGGGCUCUCAGAAGUGGCUCGUACUUACAAUGAAUCAAGUGUCAGUAAAUCAGCUUUGAGAUAUAAGAUUACUUUUGUCUCAUUUGCGUCAAUUUCACUUUUAAGUCAAAAUCAAAAUGUCCUCUGGUGGUGGAACUAAAUGUUUAGCUAUGGCUUUGUGAUUAGGUGUUUUUGUGAGCACUCUCUUCCCUACAACUGGCAACUUAUUAUUACUUCAUAAUAUUUGUUUGAAGUGUCAUUUCUUUAUUCAUUUUAUUUUCCAUUGAUAUCAAAAUCAGGGCUGUCAGACUAUUAGGUUUGAAGGGUUGUUUUGUUGAGAAAUUUUUUUGUCAUGCAUUGGAGAUUAAGUUGGUUUUAAAAAAGAACAAAGGCAAGAUUAAAACUCAGUGAGAAGAAAUUUAAUUUAACUUGAAGAUUCGUUAAAUAUUUUAAGUACAUUCUGCCUAGUACAACCCUACUGUGUUGAUCUCAUGAUAAUAAUAAUUUCAUUCUCUAUAAUUUUUAAAAAACAACAUAUAUCAGAUUUUUCUGAUUGUAACUCUCCUUGGUGUACAUUUUCUUGAUGCUGUAUAAAUCAGGAUCCUGAUGCUGACACCAGCAGUGCAACGUCUGAUGAUAAUGACCAACAGGAUGAGGCCGACCACGGUGACCUGAGCCUGGACAGUCAAGACUGGGAGUCCCUCACGGUUGAUAUGGAACUAUGGGAGCUGCUGUCUCGUCAGUUUGAGGAUGUCAUGGCCAUUGUUACUCUGCUGCACAUUCCAGCCAAUGGCAGUGAAGGCAGCAACACAUUUCAGCCAAUCAAUGUUUCAGUCUCAAAGCUGCUAAAUAGUGGAAAAGGUACGUUCUUGAAAUAUUUCAUAUUACUUGAGAAAAAUUAUUUUUGUUUCACGAUAAACUUUUUAACAGGAAUUUUUCCUGUUCCGUUUUAUCUUUUUCGAGUUGAUGUUUACAAACUUUCUCAUAUCCUAGACAGUAGAAGUUUGGGAAGUAAAUAUAUCUUUAAGAGCAUUUUCAUCUUUUAGAGCAGCGGUUCUCAACCUGUGGGUGGCGACCCCUUUGGGGGUUGCACGAACCUUUCCCAGGGGUAUCCUAGGACCAUCUGAAAACACAUAUUAUCUACAAUUAUGAAGUAACAACGAAAAUAAUUUUGUGGCUGGGGGUUGCCACAACAUGAGGAACUGUAUGAAAGGGUCGCAGCAUUAGGAAGAUUGAGAACCACUGUUUUAGAGCUUGUUUUAUCUUCCAUUUACAAUUUUAUAAUAUGCAAUAAAAACACUUCACUCACAAGGAAGUGCAUUUUUUUCCCUCAAAGCAAUGUUGUAGGGCUGCCUGAAAACCUUUCUUUUAACUUUGAUCUCCCUAACUGUACAUGUUGGAUCUCCUAGGCUAUACAUGUUGAAUAUGUUUUGCCCAGUAUGCUACUAAGAGCCACUCUUAAAGUAAAUACAAAAUGUGUUGUUUUUUUCUGCUUAGGUUCAAUACCAGAGGUUGUGGCCAGGUACAUUGUCCAACAACACCUCAACCCAGCUUCUCUGUUCUUUAGUUUCACGGUACAGGAAGAACCCGUGGAAGAGGAAGAGGGGCGGGCGAAGAGUGAGGUGAAAGAAGAGAAGAAGAAAGGAAAAAAAUCUGACGAAGACAAGAGUGUGGCAAUAAAAAAAGAGAUAGUUCAGCCUGUUGAUGACAGCAUGAAAGAUUUUAGUGUUGGAGACAAGGUCAAAUGUAAGCAGACUUUACUCUAGUUUUAGGUACAGUAUGUAUCAUUUACAGGAUAUAGCAUAGCAGUACACUCAGGACAUCUUUGUUAAGUAUCUGAUGAUGCAUACUAGCAGCUUGUAGAUGAUGACAUACUGGGCUUUUAAUAUAUCGGUAAUUAGAAUAUACAGUCCAGUAUUAGAUUUGUCUAAAAUUUUAUAAAAUUUAAAUAUAUAAUUUAACACUAAAAAGUUCAUGGUUAAAGGGUUGGAGUGCUGGCUUUUGAGUUACUUAUGGUAAAAAUAAAUUGAAAAAGAGGCACUGUUUCCUCAAAUGAAAUGAAGGAAUAUUGUUUUUUUAAUCAACAGAUCAACUAGAGGAGCUGCGGAGAAGGUUUCCCCACAGCCUGCACAACGACACCUUGCUGGCCAACUGCUGCUGGGAAUAUGCUGUGGUGUGGAACAAAGACCCUGAAGUAGGUGACCGGUGGUCCCAACACCCUGAAGCUACUAGAUGGCUACUGAUUGCCAGCAUCACAUACCUCUCUUACCACAUUUCUCAAGUUUCCAAAUAUUUUGUUGUAUCCCUCUUGGAUCCCAUCAUCUCAUUGAAUUCCACAUGGCUCCACUUUGCAUAGGAAAUAAAUUAAUAAUAUAAAACAGUUUUAAAAUUCUGCACUAGAAAAUUAUACAAAUUUAAAAAAUUACAUUUUCAAUAUUUUUUUUUUUUAAAUUUGUUUUAGAUAACACAAAACUUGGACCUCUCGCUUGAAUUUCUCAGGUUGGUUCAGAAUGCAGUCUUGCGGCAAGGUAAUUAAUAUGUAAUGUAUACCUCUUCUUACAACUUUUACAUUCAAAAUACAUAAAAUCAUACAGCUAAUAUUUAUUGUAUAACCUUUUGUUUAAUGCAUUGUAAGCCUAAGCAUACCCAAAAUAAAGAUAUGAUGGAUAUUAAAAACAUUUACAUUUCUUUCUCUACUUGAUGUAGACUACUUCAACUUGCUUUGACUCUCUACAUUUUUUUUACUUGAAGGUGUGUCCAGUCUGCUGUGGCACAUGUUUAUACUGAAGAGGGCAUCGGCUGCGGCCCACUUAAUGGACAAGGUUUGUUCUAAAAUAGCUGCGUAUUACAACUCCUGUAAAUUUUAUAACCUUUUUAAUAGAUAAAAACUGCAAAGAGUGUGCAGUAGUAAAAAGAGAAGAGCUGGAAUUUUAAACUAAAAAAAAUUGGGAUUUUUCAACACCUGAAAUGUGUGUCCUCUUAGAAUAUAAAUUUUAAGCCUGUCUCACAUAAAUGUUUCUGUAUUACUUGCAGGUUGGAAAGUCCCCUAAAGACAGGUUGUGUAGGAAGGUUAGUUGUGUGUACAAAAAUACAAGAUCUUAACUAAUUAAGCCUUACAGUAAUACAGCUCUGUCACAUUUUUGAAACUAUAAAUUAAUGUUCAAGCACUCAUAAGAUUUAAACUCAUAUGAGUUCAAAGUACCGUAUUUUUGCACAUAUAAUACGACCUAAUUAUAAGACGCACCCUUAUAUAAUACGCGGGUUUUGACGAUUUGUGUAAAAAAUAUUUUAUUAAGACGCACCCAUUUAUAAGACACGGGUUUUGACGAUUUGUGGAAACAAAAAUUACAUGAGACGCACACAGCCUAGCCAUCCACUGCACUGAGCAAUUUAUAUCCAGGGUUUUACUUUCCUUUAUUGUAAAUGAAAAUUUGUCCCAUGUUUCAUCAUUCUUCAGAUGUAAACAAGGCUUCAUUACCAUUUUUAGAUUACCGGUAGAUCAAAGAAUUAUCUGAGGCAGGACGGCAAUGAUUAUUGUUUAUGCUUAUCUGCCGCCGGGCCAAUAGUGGAUGGGUAGAGUUUCUGAUAUCUAAGUUCUAGAAACAAUAAACGCCAGAUGUAAAGGCGGCUUCAUUGAUCUACCAGGCCAAGUCUUCAGCGAGAGGGAUUAGUACCGUACAAAGACCAAUAAAUUGACGAUCCAUGCAAAAAAUAUUUUACAUAAGAUGGACCCAUAUAUAAGACGCACCCUGGGUGCGGGGUACAUAAAACUUUGUAUGAGACUCGUCUUAUAUACGCGAAAAUAUGGUAUUUAAAAUUAGGUACCUAAAUUUUGUUUAAACAGCUGCCAGUGAAGAAAAAUAUAAUUUAUUUUAAGUCAUGCUUGGCUUUGUUAGGUGAUUUCAUGGAUUCAUGAUUUUCGUAUGUCCACCAGGAAGUUGGAGUCAGUGAUGUCAGUUUGGUUACCUUCAUCUCAUUAUGUGCCGACUUCAUGGAAAUAAUUAUGGAUGUAAGUUCAAUGCCAAAAUCACAGCCCUGUGUGUGGUUGGAGAAAGUGCAGCUUUAAAGGCAAAGAGUUGAAAUUUAUGUCAAGUGAAUAUUUAAUUAUGGUUGUUGUGUGUGAAACAGUCUGGGGAGAAAUUUUAAACUUGCACCUUCACACAGAUUUCUGAACAAAGAAAGGAAUAUUUACUGCUUAUUGUUUAUCAUCAUUUUAGAAACAGUUAUUAUUUUAAGCACAUUUCAUUGAAAUCCCAGUGCUGGUAUUUUAUCUGUCCUCAUCAAAUCUAUGUUGAGAAACACAGUGAUAAAUUAACUACAGGAAAUCUAGGGAUAGAAUUAAUUUAAUUAAAAAUAUAUUAUCAACUGAAUUAAACUAUAAGAGAGUUGAUUUUUUAUAGUUGUUCUGAACAAAUUUUAAGGCCAGUUGAGAGUUUAGUCACUUGCUAUUGGUUUCCUUCAUUUUACACUGCUUAUCCCUAGUAAACCAACUAAUGAUAUAACUGCCUGGAGACAAAAUCUCAACACAUUUAUGAGCUUUGCAUUCUUACCAAAUUUACAGGUCGCUAAUUCUAGUUUUGAAUUCAUCAAUGUAUAUUUACAGCCAAAUCUUUCGAACAACUUGUAACAAGGGAUUCGUUUCAAAUCAAAAAACCUUUAGGAAUGUCAAUACAUUUAUCUAUUAUAUUUAUAGGUCUUACUACAUUGAUUUUGGAAAUUAAAAAAAAACACUAAAUAAUAUAAAGGUAGUUGACACAAAGAUCUUGGGAUAAUCAAGUUCCUAGAACUAGAGCAGCGGCAUCCAAAAAAUUUUUCUCUCCCAUCUCCCAUAAAAAAUAGAUUAGCUAAAUAAUGAAAUGAAGUAGAUAAAACUAAUGACAUUUAAAGCCUUUUAUUCUUUAUUUUAAACAUUUCUUUUCUUACCAAUAGAAAAUAAUAUUAAAAAAUGUUACCACUAUUAACUUUUAAUGAAAGUACAAUAAUCAUCUGUUAACUUCAAAAUAAGAGUUAUUCAUCUUGUACUCAAAUGGUCCAGUGUGAAAUUAUUAACAGCUCAGUAUUACAAUUGAGCUUGUUUCAUGAAUCCUAGUUUUUUUAAAAAUCAGAUUCAAAUAUAGACAUAUUGACAACCUCAACCUCCUUGCAAUAUUUAUUUCUUAUGGAUGUAUAUUAUAUGAAUGCUCUUUUGACAACCGCUAAAUAGUAAAAAAACAAUGGCUUCCAGUAAAAAGAAUCUUAAAAAUAAACAUUACAAUAUAAUAUUUGGCCAUAAAACGAUUUGAAAAAUCAAUAAAAUAUAUCAACAUCAGACUUUAAUACAAAAAUAUGGUGUUCUCAUUGAUUUUCUUCAAAAAAUUAUUUUGUUGAUAAAAAAUUUUUUUAAUAUAGCGCUAAAUAUUGAAAUAUAGUUUUUCAUAAAUGAACAGGUGUAAAAAAUAAUAUAUAUUUAUAUAGUUAAAAUAGUUUAAUAUAGUUAAAAUGUCCAAGAUCUUGAGGGUAAUACUAAUAUUUUAAAAAUUUUAAAGAACAUUUAAGAUUUUGACUUAAUCAGCAUAAGCUGUUUGAUAUAUUAAGUGAUUAAAUUUAUGGGUGGCUACAGGCAAGUUUUACUGUCAUGGAUCCCUAUUGAAUAUGUGAUAACUGAAUUAAAAAUGCAUUAUAGGGCUCAUCAAAACUGAAACCAAACCUAAGAGGAAGUAACAUGUAAAAAAAAAGUAAUUUAAUGACUGACAUGUUCUACCCGUUUUUAGACUUGACACUGUCAAUACUCUAAAUAUCACAUUAUUUAAACAUCAAAUUAAUAUUAUGUUUCUUCUUUAGGCCAACUGUGAAGCCAGUGAAGUCCCUGUGUGUAACACUGAGCAUGCUUGGCAGAGAAGUCAGGGUCCCACAUCCUUGAUGGAAUUAGCAGUGGACCAAAAGACCACCAACUAUGGCCUCUUGAAAGUCCACUUUCAUCUGCUUAAGUUUAUGUCUGCCAUUCUCACAUUAAAACUGAAGUCAGUCAAAGUUCUCUCCCUUUUUGACAAUAAGGUCAGUCUAAUUUUUUGUAUUAUUUUUCUUUUCAAAUUAGACUUACUUUGAAUCAUCUAACAAUAUUAAUUUUUGUGGUUUUGUUUUGGUUAGCCUUAUUCAGCUUAAUCUGUUUCAUCUAAUUAGCAGUUUAAAAGGAUGUUUCUUCAAUGAAUUUAUUGUAUUAAAAUUGUAUUUAUUUAAUGGAAUUUUCUAAAGAUAUAAUAAAAUCAAAUAUUAACUAUUAAUAAUCAAAAAUAUUAUUUCUUAAAAGACUUUAAAAAUACAUCAAUAGAGAUGACCAACUUUUCCAUGCUUUGUGCUUGAAGUCAUCAUAUUAUAUUUGUAUAGAUUUAUUACUUUACCAGGUGCAACUAAAUUUUAAUAGCGUUGAUAGGUAUACUAUAUUCAUUACUAUAUUCAUUAAAAAGAAAUAGUACAAAUAGAAUAUUUUAAAAUAUUAACAGCUUUUCCAGUUAGCCUGACAAUAUCUCUCUUUGCAACUGAACAUUGUAAAUAUUCCCCAGGGCCGAGCUGCAGUGUUUAAAGACCUACAUUCACAUCCAUUAUUACCUAGUCAAAAGGUUGAUCAGGAAUUGAUUCUUGCCCGAAAAAAUGUAAGCAAUUAUUAACAUCUUGUUUUUUUAUAAUAAUAAUUAUAAUUGAAUGUUAAAGUUGAAGAUACAACAUAAUUAACAAUGACUUUUUUAGAGUGAGCGAUUGUUGAAUUUUUAAUUUACUUUACAGUAACUGAGAUGGCGAGAUGUUUGGUAUUGCAAUAUUCUUUCCCAGUGCCAGUACAUAAUUAUUUAAUCUGCAUCAUUUUGUUUCAUUACAUUUUAUAUGCUUUCCAACACCUUGUUGCUGUCAAUGUUAAGUCAUGUAUUUUUGUUGUCAAGUUAUUUCUUUAAUAUAUUAUAGUUCUUGUGUCGAGUGAUUACAAGUGCCGUAGCAACAAUAGAUCCACCUGCAACUAGUCCUGACAUCAGUGGAACGAGUCCUGUGUUCAGGAAGCACAGAGCUCUUUAUCCAAUGGCUUAUAAAUGGCCACAGGUGAGAUUUAUUUGUUCUGAUAUUUAAAAGUUAAGCGAAUUUUAGGCUCCAUCUCGCUCAAACUCUUAACCCUAAGUUGCUUUUAAGCAAACAAAAUCUUAAUAUUUAGAUAUAUUUAUGGCAUAUGAGAAAUUACUGGUUUUUUUAAAAAAUACUUUUUUUAGCAAAAAAAAAGUUCCCCCAAUACAUUUUUUUGUGGUCUAUAAUGGUCAUAAAUUUUAAUGGCUUCAUACAUUUUAAAAAAUAUGUCAUUUGGAAAAUGAUGUUGUUGGGGUUUUUUUUAAUACUUUGUUGUCAAAUAAUUUGUUUAGGUGGUGUUGUCAAUAGCUAAGGACUUUGGUCUCGACUUGGACUUUUUUAAAAGACAUCAUGUUUGUGAGCUGUACUCCUAUGGACAUGAUAAACUUGCUGAAGAGGUAAUCAUGUGUAAUACUACUAGUUAAUUUUGAAUUUAAAAAAUAAUAGUUUUAAUUUAAAUGAAACAUUUUUUUUUAAAAAUCAUUAUCCUUUCUAUAUGAAGUGAAUCAAAAAAGAUAAAACUCUUCAUUAGAGAAUUGUCUGAAGUUAAUAAAUUAAAACAUUAAUGUCAGGCAACCAAGUAUAAUUGAACAUCAAAUCUGAUAGUGGAUAGUACAGACAUAAUGCAUUUUUGUAACCUUCAAAUGAUAUUCUUUUUCUCCAAGACAUUACCUUUUGAAUUUUAUUUAUGUGACCGUUUAAAAAAUGAUUAUCUAAUUAAAUGAGAGACGGUGGAAAUGUUUGAAUUUGUUUGAUGUCAAAAUAUAUUUUUAUUAUUAUUCUUUUUCCGCAAAGGUUUAAUCUGUAACAUAAGAUUAACCUCUAGUAUAAUGUUGAUUUUAUCAAGUAAAAUUCUGGUCCUCAGAUGUUGUUGUCCGUCAAUGAUAACGAGGAAAUGGCCAUUCAGCUGUUAACCCUUGCCGGUCAAAGGGUAGCACAUGAGAUCUUCAAACGGGAUAUUGAUGCCAAUUUUCAGCAUUUGGCUGGCAUGUCUGUCACCCUGACUCGUUGGCUGCAGUCACUGAUACUGGUAGGUUUCCUUUCCCAUAUUGCUGUGGGGAACCCAGGAUCUAUAAAUGAAUGGCAUACAGAUUUUAUUUGAUCGAUGUGGAAUAGAAUUGUUUAACCCACCCUACAGCAGUAAAAAAAAAAUUUAACACCCAGACCUUGCACUUGUGUGCUAAACCUUAAAACUAAAUGGUUACAUAUGAGUUUAAAAAACAUUUUCUUUGGGUUUUUUUUUCAAUAUUUUCAAAAACUCCAUAACUCAAAAAUAAAAAAGGUAUGAUUAGUAUUAAUUAUCACUAUGAACAUAUUGGUUAAAUCUGUGUAAUAAGACUACAACUGUUUCAAUCAAUUAACUUGAUUUUUUUUUUUAUACAGUUGCAUUGACUGUAUAUAUUGUUGACUUAAACUAUUUUUUUCCCAACUAAAGAAACCUGAAGAUCUCUUCUAUCCUCAAGUCCCACUCUCUUGGACCAUAAGUUUACUGGAGCAAGCAGCCUCCCGUUUCACAGAGACAACCAAACUCCAUGAACUGGCCCAGGAACUGCUGGAGAAAACUAAGGUCCUGGCUUCGUCUGUAUCAAAGUCUUGACACACUGCAACUCACUGGCCUUCCAUUAUAGAUUUUUAGCUGUCAAUGUGGUUUGAAGUGUUCAUACCAAGACACAAGUGGGACAAAGAAGCUUCCUGUUAGCUUGCAGGAAUAAGGUACCAAGUACUUGAUUGCACUAGAGUAGAGAGUGUAGUCUUAUAAAUAUUAUUGAUAAGCUGAUUCAAAAGCUGUUUCUUCACGUUUGCUCUAACAAAAUGGAAUUUAAUUUUAAUUAUAUUUUUUAGAGCAACUCAAGAAAGCUUAUUUUUUUUAUCAUCUCUAUGUAUUGGUGGAUAAAAUGAUUAACAUUUUUAAAAUUUAACUGAAAGAGAAAAAAAACUUUUGAAUUAACCAAAAUUUCUUGCUAUAUGAAAUAGUUCUCCACUUUUAAUUGAGGACAAUUAAAUGUGCAUACAUUUUAUUGAAAUAAGAGUGAUUUGUUUGAGGUAAUUUAUUCCUUAUCAACUCAUGUUCACUUUCAAAUAUACAUUUUUCUGUCUUGAUGUUGGUCAAGUUUUUUUAUUUCCUGUGAUAAAUUUAUGACCUGUGUGAAUGCCAGUUUGUACAGCAAUAAUAAAUUUUUUAUAUAGUUUUUGUUGGCUGGGGAAAAAAAAUAAACUUAAAUUUUAAGUAACAGAAACAGAUGAGUUGACAACUGAAUUAAAGAAAUGUAACUGUAUUUCUUAUUAAUCUUGCAAUUGUUAUUUUUUAAAACUCCAAAAUUUAGUUGCAGUUUAAUUUACUUAUCUUUAAGGCCCGUUGCUCCCUUGCUGAAUCUAGUUUUUGUGUUUUACAGGAGGACACAAAUUAACAACUGAUAAAUAAAUAAAAUUAAUUUUUAAAACCAGCAGACCAUACACAACUGAAUGAAAUGUCAAAAGUUUAUCAGAUGUUGUUGAUGGUCUUGCCCAAUAUUCACUUUUCUAAUCCAUUUUGGUAAUGAUCUUUAAAAAAAAAAAUAAUUUUAAAUUGUAUUAGAAAGAUUUGUAUCAAUUGAUGGCACUUGAUUAUCAGGCAGGAAUAAAAUAGAUAUGAAAUAAAUGUUUUAAAUUGAAAACUUCUUCUUCUUUAUUUUAAGGGCCCACGAUCAAUGAAUUGAUCAUUCUGGCUCCUAUCACUUGUAUCAGUGGAUCAUUCAAUCCAUCCAUCCACUAUCCCUUGGUAGACUAAACAUUUAAGCAGCUGAAGUUAUCAUAAGUGCUAGAAGGAAAAGUCUUAAAAAAACAUUCAUUAUAUAAUGUAUGCCAGCGGUUCUCAACCUGUGGGUCGUGACCCCUUUCGGGGUCGCACGACCUUUUCACAGGGGUCGCCUAAGACCAUCUGAAAACACAUAUACUAUACAGUUGUAUAGUAUAAUGAAAAUAAUUUUGUGGUUGGGGGUCGCCACACCAUUGGGAACUAUAUUAAAGGGUAGAAAGGUUGAGAACGACUGAUGUAUGCCCUCAAAAUAGAAUAAAUCUUUUGAAUGGUGAAUGACAAACAUUUAUUUUGAGAUGUGUGCAACAUUUUAAUUAUACAAAUAAACACAGUACAUAUUGUAAUUAUUCUUGUCAUCUUCAUUUAUAUACUAUGCAAGAACAGUAGAUAAUUUGGGAAGGAGGAUUGCAUGUAUC